AUGCCAGGGCUAUCCCUGGCGCAGUCGCGCCUGCGCGAGGAGCGAAAGGCUUGGCGGAGGGAUCGACCGUUUGGUUUUUGGGCAAAGCCCCUCGAGAUCGUCCCAGGCAGCUGCCGUCUCAGCGGUGUCAAGCACAUGCGCGAAGGAACGCAGCUGACGCUGCCCACGGCCUCUGGUACGGUGGCCAGCAACACGGCCGCCUCGUCUUCCUCUGUGUCCAUCUCUUCAUCGAGUGCGACGUCUGGGGCUAGCACUGCGGAGUCCCUCACCUCUGCAGCGGCAGCAACCCCGGCCGGGCUGGACCUGCUUCACUGGGAGGCGGGCAUUCCUGGCAAGCCUGGUACGCCGUGGGAGGGCGGCGAGUUCCGCCUCCGCCUGAGCUUCACGGAGGACUACCCGACAAAGCCCCCCAAGUGUGUCUUCACGCCGGUGCUCUUCCACCCCAACGUGUACCCGAGCGGCACCGUCUGCCUCUCUAUUCUGAAUGAAGAGAAGGACUGGCGCCCGAACAUUACCAUCAAGCAGAUAUUACUGGCCAUCCAGGAGCUGCUGAACCACCCCAACCUCAAGGACCCGGCGCAGGAGGAGCCGUAUAGGGUGUACAUGCGCGACGUCAAGGAGUACGAGGCGCGCGUGCGGGAGGAGGUGCGGAAACAUCAUUGGAAAGGCUAA